AUGAAGUCGCUUUCAUUCACUGUCAUCCCUACGAUCGUGAUGACCUUACUUUUAUUGGUCCAAAUGUCCUUACAAGCACCUGUGCCAACGACAGGUGGUCUGAAAGUGAAUGACUCUCAUUCACGUCAAGCUUCUACGAAAAGCGCUAUUGGUAAGCCAAGUACUGUUGUACAUAACCAUGGUAAAGGUGGAAGUGUUCCCGGUCUUAUUGCCCACACAAGCGAAUUACCUGCUUGCGAUAGGUGUAAUACAAAUCCUUGUAAAUGUUUAUGA